AUGAACUUCCUCCCUACUGUAUUCUCAAUUCUCUUGCUCAUUUCCCUGACCAGUGCUCAAUUCUUCUUCCCAUUCGGAAUGGGAUCCAAUAGUAAUGGAUACAACAACAAUUAUUAUAAUGGUGGUGGUCAAACUUAUGGAAACGGAUAUGGAGUCAAGGAUUCCGAGGGAUUCUUCGCCAUGUGCAAAGGAUGGACGUGUCAGAAUUGA